UUAUGGAUAAUUCCUUAAGCUGGGAAGAGCUAGCUUCUCUAAAGAGUCUUAUGGUUAUUUCACUGAACCAAAACCACAUAGCAACACUGCCUCCUGAGGUCGGCACUUUGACCAGUCUGAGACAACUUCAUAUUGCACAUAACGAGUUAACAGGUCUCCCAUCUGAGAUAGGUCUGCUGACCAGCCUUGAGGUCCUGAAAGUUAACAACAACAGGAUUCACUCUAUUCCGGAAAGUAUAGGGGGUUGUGCUUCUCUUAUUGAGGUUGAUCUUUCAUCUAAUCUUUUGGUAGAGCUGCCAGAAACAAUUAGCAAACUAAAGGUCUUAAAGGCACUUUAUCUCAGAAACAACGGGCUCAGAUCCCUUCCUAGCAGCAUUUUUAAACAGUGCUGCAAACUCUCUACACUAGCAUCUUUUGAUUCAAAAGCAAGGAAAUACUAG